AUGGUUUGCGGACGUGUACGCACGAAGACAGUGAAAAAAGCUUCCCGUGUGAUUAUUGAAAAAUAUUACACCAAGCUGACACAUGAUUUUCAUACAAACAAGCGAAUUUGUGAGGAAAUUGCGGUUAUUCCGAGCAAAAAAAUGAGGAAUCGUAUUGCGGGUUACAUAACACAUUUGAUGAAACGUAUCGAGAAGGGACCAGUUCGUGGCAUUUCAAUUAAGUUGCAAGAGGAAGAAAGAGAACGUCGCGAUAACUAUAUGCCGGAUAUUUCUGUCGUUGAUCCUCGGAUGUUGACUACAAUAGAAGUAGAUACGGAGACCAAACAGAUGAUUGAAUCAAUGGAACUGAGUAUACCAAUGACCGACAAGACAGCAAAUACGGGAAUGGCUGGUCGAAGAUAA